AUGGCUGGUUCUAUUGAUACCAGUAUCAUCUCCGGCCGCAACCCUAUCGAAUAUGCGUCGUCCAGUCCUUUGACGCUCUUCUUGGUUCAGGCAUUUAUCAUCAUUGUAUUUUGUCGCCUCAUUCAAAUCCCCCUUUCCUUCAUUCGCCAACCAAAAGUUAUUGGCGAGGUUAUCGGUGGAAUCAUCCUUGGCCCCACCGCCAUGGGUAGAAUUCCAAACUUUACCAACUCUAUCUUUCCUGAGGCUUCCAUGCCAAACAUUAACCUUGUUGCCCAGCUCGGCCUAAUUUUUUUCCUCUUCAUUGUCGGCAUGGAAAUUGACAUUCCAUAUCUUCGUAAACACUGGAAAAUCGCUGGUAGUGUCGGCAUCGGCUCUAUCAUUCUCCCAUUUGGCCUCGGUUACGCAGUCGCCAUUGGCCUAUACAACCAGUUUAUUGAUUCCACCCAACACUCCUCUUCCUUUGGCGUUUUCGGCCUCUUCAUAGCUAUUGCAAUCUCCGUCACUGCUCUCCCCGUUCUAGCUCGUAUUUUAACGGAGCUCGGCCUUUUGCACGACACCACCGGAAUCGUCGUCUUGGCAGCCGGAGUUAGCAAUGACAUUGUUGCAUGGAUCCUCCUCGCUUUGGUAAUUUCACUCUCCCAGUCCGGUGCUCCUAUCGAUACCCUCUACAUUUUGCUGGCGACUAUUGGAUGGUUCCUUCUUUUCGCAUUCCUUGUUAAACCCAUUCUCUUCAAAUUUCUUAAGCAUACCGGGUCUAUAGACAAGGGCCCUACUGAAUUGGCAGUCAUUGUCAUCAUUAUUCUCAUUUUUGUCUCUUCCUUUUUUACCGACAUUAUCGGUGUUCACUCUAUCUUUGGAGCAUUCAUUGUCGGUGCAAUCAUACCCCGAGAAAACUCGUUCCCAGCAAGGCUAACCGAAAAAAUUGAAGAUCUCAUUUCAGUCAUUUUCAUUCCCAUUUACUUUGCCAUCUCCGGCUUUAAUGCUGAUCUAUCAGCUCUUAACGAUGGUGUCACUUGGGGCUAUACUAUUCUUGUCAUUGUCGUGGCCUUCUUUGGGAAAGUUGUUGGUGCUGCCAUUCCAGCAAGACUGUUGGGCUUGUCGAAUGGCGAGGCCAUUGAAACCGGUAUUCUUAUGAGUUGUAAAGGUCUUGUCGAAAUCGUCAUUCUUAAUAUUGGACUUGAAGCAAAAAUUCUUAAUACUAAAAUUUUUUCGAUGUUUGUUCUUAUGGCUAUUGUCAAUACCUUUAUUACAACCCCUCUUACUUUGAUUUGGAGAAGCCAUAUUGAACAAAGAGCCAAGCGUAAGGCUCUUCACAACCAUCAUAACCAUUCCCAAUCAAAUCUUUUCGAUGUUCCCAAGGGCUCUGACUUUAAACUCAAUAAGGUUGUCCUUGCCUUUGAUAAUGUCGAAAUGCUCCCAUCUAAUAUGAUUAUCACUCAGAUGCUUGCAAACCCCCAGAAGAUUGUCUCACUACAUUCUGGCCAUACUGAUGAUAAUGAAAAUACUGGUUCUCCCAGUCAUGAUGAAAUUGAAGAUACAAAUGGUGCACUUUCUUCUCAAAGUUCAUUUGCCACUCUUAAUAAAAAUUACAUUUCUUCUCCAAUCCACAAGGACAUGUUUGUUUCUGCUGUUCAUCUCGUUGAUCUUACAGAUAGAACAGCAAAUCUUAUACAAGCAAUGUCUGGAGACUUUAUUCCUGGUAAUGAGGAUCCUAUAAUGAAGGUUAUGACAACUUUUACUUCAAUUAACAGAAUCCCCUUCGAAGGUUCCAUGUCUAUUGCGCCGCACGCUGAUCGUAUCCGAAUCAUUAUGUCUCUUUCUGAAAAUCCAUCUGACUUGCUUCUUGUUUCUUGGGAUGACUUUAAGGGCGAUAUCUUUUCAAACCCUAGACUUUUUUUCAAGCCUGUCAGCGACUUUUCAAUGCGUGAAGGUCUUCCUACUAUCCAAGCAAAGAUUGCUCUUUUUGCAAAUCUCUUUUCCGAAGCCCGAUCUCAUGCUUGCGCUUUUAUUGAUCGUGGAUUUUCUGGCUCUUCUUCUGAUUCCAAUACUAUUCGCCAAGUUUUGGUACCCUUUUUUGGCGGUAAUGACGACUGGUUGGCUUUUGGAAUCGCUACCUAUCUUGCCAGAGAUGAAAAUAUCCAUGUUACAGUGCUAGUUUCUUCUCCUACCACUUGUCUGAAAACUGAAGAAAUACCAAACACCAAAUUAGAAGUUAUCCAUUCGGCAACGUCUCAGACUCCUCCCUUAAAUGCCAAAUCACCUUCUAUUUUUUCAAAGUUUAACCGUACGGGCAACACUAGUGAACAAUCUGAUAUUCCUACACCUACUGGAGCCAAUGACAGUUCAAUGCUCAAGCGAAUCAAACAAAAAAAGGACAAGAAGGUUCACAAGACUGUUCAUCAAGAAGAGAUCCCUUUAAAUCCAAUUUGGGACUCAAUUUAUAGUGUUUACGAAACUCUUCCUAUGCAAGUGCAGUCAUCAAUCUCUUUGGUAAAGUUUAAUCUUACUCAAGAGGACUCGGUUAAAAAAUCAUAUACCCAAGCCCUUAAAUGCUUUGACUUGCACCCCCAUGACUUAGUGAUUAUUGGCCGUAGCACUGGCGAAACUGAUAAUGAUUUUGGCAGCAAUUCUGAUUUCUUACCUUCAGCUUCUUCAUCUGCUCCUAUGGCACCAUCAACACCCGACCAGCAGUCUUUUAGUUUUACUUCACCACCAGGAAUGGUACGUGCUUUGAGCUCCGGUACUUCUAUAUCUGGAUCCAACGGUGGACCUCCCUUGUUUGGUCGCGUAGCUACUGAAAUUGUGACUGCACCUGAACUCUCUUGUUCAUUUAUUGUGUGCCAGGCUUUACAUGCACAUAUUGGAUCUGCCGGAGUAUCAUCAGGAACCGACAACAAUAUGGGGAAUAAUGAACCACUUUCAGACGACGGAAUUGACCGAAGCAGUGAUGAGGAAGUGGGAGAGGCUGAAACUCGCUUAUGA